CGUCCCGCCGCCGCGGUCGACCGCAACUGCUAGCCGUUGCGGCUGACCGUUGCGGCCAAGCGAUUUCGUUGCAGCGUCUAAAUUUCGGCAGUCAGGGGUCGUGCUCUAAAUUGUGAACAUGGAUUCAAAAAAUCUCGCCAAAAUAAUUUUACUUGAGGACGAAGAAGAAGAUGAAGAAGUGAUAUUAUGGUGGUCUAGUCAACGAGAAGAUUUUGACAGAUUGUACCAAUCUCGCAAGGAAGAGGGAUAUUUUAAAAUUCUAAUGAAGAAUCACCUGGAUACAAACGAACAAAAAUUUCGUGAAUUUUUUCGUUUAAAUAAGGAACAGUUCCAGUUUGUUCUGAAUAUAGUAUCGACAGAUUUAAAGAAACAAUCCACAAAUACCGUUCACGACCCUAUAUCUCCGGAAGAAAAGUUGGCAUUGGCGUUAGUUUUUAGCCACCGGAGAGACCUUCAAGUCACUCUCGUUUGCUUUCCGUUUUUCACCGAGCUACAUCUCCGUACUUAUUCAAGAAACAUUAGAAGUACUCAGUAAACAUUUGGUCCCAAUAUUUUUGCCCCCACCAAAUGCAACCGAUUUGAAGAAAAAUGCAACGGAAUUUUGGAGCAAAUGGAAUUUUCCCAACUGUGUUGGUGCUGUUGACGGAAAACAUAUCCGAAUUUUUUGUCCACAAAAAAGCGGUUCACUAUUUUUUAAUUAUAAAGAAUA